GAACGUUCGUGUUGUGGGAGAGGACAGUUUGAUGCGUAAUUUCACCAAUGCCCCGUUGCGCUCAUUGGUGCGUCUCUCCAACGUGUCACCAGUUUUGGUGGAUUACCCCAGAUAUCUGCAGCAUCAAAAGGGUGAGACGCCACUGCUUCUUCAGCGUCUUUCUUCACUGCACCAGAGUUUCCAGCAAGAGCAUCUGACCACACCAAGUGGAAAGAAGCACUAAAAGAAUAGAUUUUAAAAGAUUUUUAUUAGUCAAAUUACUUAGUUCGAAAAUGCAAAUCCUCGCUUCACACUGGAGGAUGACGCCGUCUUUUUCACUCAUCUCACUGUUUCUACUACUGCCAACUUUACUGCAGAAGGGUCUCUGGGUGUGCGGCUCCCCAGGCUGCGCAUCCUGUGGCUUACCACCGUUGGAGAAAGAGGCAGAGGAGAGGCUGAUGAUAGAGAUCGCAAAACAGCAACUUUUGGACAAGCUGCACCUGAAAGAGAGACCAAACAUCACUCAGACGGUGCCGCGAGUGGCGCUUCUCACCGCGCUGCGUAAGCUUCACUCAGGGCGCGUCAGGCAGGAUGGUACCCUUGAACUAGAUAACAGCUUACCAACAAAAGAUCAAGGCUAUGAGAUAGUGAGCUUUGCAGAUAUAAAUGAUUCAGGCAGCGGUGACAAGGCCAGCCUCAGCCUUACCUUUCAGUUUCUGCAGGAACGUGGCAAGAGCAUCCAAGUCCUCCAGUCCUCUCUGUGGAUCUACGCUCAACCCUCUGAGGAUCCUUACCGGAACUCUCGCCUGCUUGCCCGGGUCUUCCUCUCAGCAGACGAAGGAACCUCAGGCUCUAAUCGCACCCUGGUAAUAGAAAAGAUGCUGGAAGUCAAAGAGAGUAACUGGCACACCUUCACAAUAACACGCACACUACAGACUUUCUUGGAUGGAGGUCAGAGACGGCUCCGGCUUGAGGUCAGCUGUAUAGAGGAUGGAAGGAACCUCUGCUCUUUAGGUGGCUCAGUUGACAGAGCAAACCAGCCCUUCAUGGUGGCCCAGGUGCGUCUGCGCGAUGACCACUCCAAGCACUUAGUCAGAAAACGCUCACUGCGCUGUGGCGAUGAGGUGACGGUCUGUUGCAAGAGAGACUUCUACAUCAGGUUUAAGGACAUCAAGUGGGAUGAGUGGAUCAUUGCACCUGAAGGCUACCACAUGAACUACUGCAUGGGUCAGUGCCCCCCACAUCUGGCUGGCUCGCCCGGCAUAGCAUCCUCAUUCCACACUACUGUCUUCAGCCAGCUUAAAGUCAAUGGCAUCAACACAGGCACGGCUUCAUGCUGCAUUCCCACUGAGCGGCGGCCACUCUCCAUGGUCUAUUUCAACUCUCAGCACAGCAUCGUCAAAAUGGAUGUCCCUGAUAUGAUAGUAGAGUCCUGUGGAUGCACAUAAAGAACAGAAAAAGGCACUCUGUAACUAACAGAUUGACAGACUGAAAUAAUUUAAGAGGUAUGCUUGCUUUGGACAGCCUAAUAAUUAAACAUUUUUUACAAGUGGCUAAAACAGAUAUAUGCAAAUACACUGAAUGCCUAUACUGAAACAUUUUUUUAUGUAAUUUCUAUAUAUAAAUCCUGGUAUUAACAGCAAAUCUUUUAGAGAUUUUGAGAAACAAGAUGUUUUCUCUAUGGGUUUACAGGGAGGUUUCUAUGUAUGUAGUGCAUAUUUUAUACGAACAAGAACAAAAUUUAUAUUUGUAAAAUCAAGGUAUUGUAAAGGGAUUAUAUGAUGAAGUAAGAGUAUUUAAUACUGUAGUUGCAAGUGGAAAAAAAAAUCUACAUUUAUGAUAAAAGUCGAGAAUAUUUUAUAUUUUCAUUGGUUUCAAUUUUUUUUUGUGUGGAAUUUUUCACUAAAAAGUGUCCCAGCUUUUAUUCUGAAAUUAUACUAAUACACCGGCAUAAUUUAUUU